CACAUCCGCAGAGCCACGCAGCGCACGUGGCACUCACCUCAGGGCGACAGCUCCCAGUUUUGCGAGAAUUAGGCGAGCGGAGGGCCACUUUUUUUCUCCGAGAGCCAGCCCCAGAGCAGUCGCGUGGGGCUGGAGCCCGGGAGGCGGAGCCUUUUUGCUCCCGGCGGCGAGUGCCCCCUCCUCUGCCUGCCUGCCUGCCUGCCUGCCGCCGGGCAUCCUGUGCAGCCGCUCGUCGUGCUCCUGUGCUGCUCCGCGGACCGUGGGAUAAACCGCAGUCGCUCUUUGGGAAGCCCGGGGAGAAGAACACCAGGAAGGAGAGAGAGCACCAGUGCCAUGGGCCAGCUCUGCUGCUUUCCUUUCUCAAGAGAUGAGGAAAAAAUCAGUGAGUUGGGAAGCCCAUCCUCCAUAGCCCUGCAGAGAUACAGAAAGGAGGUACCCAGCUGGCCAAGUGGUGAUAAGAAUGGAGGUGAGCCCGAGGAUGCUGAACUGGUAAGGCUCAGUAAGAGGCUGGUGGAGAAUGCGGUGCUCAAGGCUGUCCAGCAGUAUCUGGAAGAAACACAGAACAAAAACAAGCCAGGGGAUGGGAGCUCUGUGAAAACUGAAGAGGCUGAUAGGAAUGGCACUGACAGUGACAACAACAGGAAAUGAGACCCGAAGGCAGGCAGGCCCCCGCCGCUCCGUGAGAAGCAUCCCUGCUCCCCUCUGCCGAGUCAAUGGACUAAUUUGCGUUGUGCUAUUUAAGUGUCUCUUGUCCAAUCUGUGGAGAUUGCCUAAUACUUUCAUGAUCGAUGUGUUUGCAUUCCUGAAACACAACAGAAGAGAAAUGGAGUGCUGGGACUAUCAGAGGAAAUUAAUUUAUGAAGGAAGAAUGGCCCAGGUUUUACUUGCCCUCAGCCGAGGCUGUGGGAGAGAGGAUUUUGCGUGAUGCCUCGUGGAUUCAAAGGCCAUGGAAGGGGCCUUGCCAUAAAUGGAAUACUGCCAUUUAUAUUGCUUAGCAGGGCAUUUGACUACUUUAUCUGAGGCCAAAACACACACAGAGCUAACAAGUGCUAUGAUUAAAAUGAUCACUGUUGAAAUUAUUAUCCAUAUAGCUAGUCCAUAAUGUUUCAUGUUUGUCCUAUGUGUGCUGUCGCUUAUGCAGUGAUCUUUAUUUACAGUAAGUUUGUUUCAUGUAAAUGAUAUAUUUUUGGUGAAAUGCAACCUUUUCUAUAAAAUGUGGGCAGCAUUUUAAAGGUUUCUUUUUAACCCUCUUUUGAUAAGUCAGUGUGCCAUAUUUAAUGUUUUUCAUUGGCAUUUGUAUGUAAAAUGUAUUAUAUAAUUUUUUUUCCAUAGGCCAGAAACCUAUUGGAAUCCGGGACUUAAUUAAUGAAGCUUUGCGUCGAGAGAGGAUGGGUCUGCAGUCCAAAGUGAAACAGAUAAAGGAACUUUUAUUAAAGCCUGAGACUCAGGCCAAAAUUAGGAGGGAGCUUUUUGAAGGAAGAUUCAUUAACAACAGUAAUGAAGGAAAUGAUGUUGAUUUCAGCGCAAUUUUGACUUAAGCUCUACAUUGCUAUCGUGGUACCAGAGUUUAUGAAAUCUUUUCAGCUCAUUAAAUAGCUCUUUGGUAAAUACCACAGAAGUGUUCUGAUAGAGUCUGCACAACAGCAAACCAACAUUGGUAAGGAGUUAACAAUUUCUUACAAAAGAAAACUGAUUCUGCACUGUUAUUUUUAAGCUAAACUUGUGUUUUAGAAUGUUUAUCUCUAUAAUACUGAGAUUCAUUUUAUAGAAAGGACUUCUUAAUUAGCCAUUGUGAGAUGUUCGUUGGGUCCUCACAAAUAAAAUAUACAGACUGUGGAAAAUCAUUUACAGACAAAAAAAAAAAAAUACAGUAUUUUAAGGGUAACUUGUCUCCUGUUGACAUGAUUUUUGUUGUUAAAUCAAAAGAAGCAUUGUUCACAUGUAUCUAUGCCUAGUGUUACUUUUAAUGAGACUUUGAAUGUUUUUUGAUCACUAGUACUUGAAUGAACAUUUAUAAAUGUAAUUAUUGCAGUCACUGGUUAAGAAUGUUUUAUAAUGUCCAUAUGUGUUAUUUUUCAGUGAUCAAAAUGUAAUUUGCUUUUUCAUUUCUUAAGGAAUGUUUGGGAUUUUUUAUUUUCUACUUUUCUGAAGAUAAGCCCCCGGUCUUACUGUAUCCCUCAUAAUCUGAAUUUGUUUGCACUGGUUCAUUUUUAAAGAAAAUUCUUGAAAAGUUUCCCUCCCAUACGAUAAUCACUGGUAACAGCUUUUUCUAUAGUCAAUGUAAAAUUGCUGCUACUAAGAGAUCAUGAUGGAGGGGGAAAUUAUUAGAGAUCAAAUAUGUAAUCAUUUCAAAGAUAAAAAUCCAGUUUACUCAUGGAUUUUAGCUAUUUUUUCACUGGGUAAAUUAUACUACAUUUAUUUAUAAGUGAGUUUAUGCAUUUUCAUGCCUGUUAAUAAAUGUAUUGUUUUCCCUU